AUGCACUUGACUUUGAAAAAGUAUUUUAAAUUGGAAGAAUUUCGUCCAAAUCAAUUUGAAAUUAUUUUCAAUCUUGUUAAAAACAAACAAGAUACACUUGUCAUAUUACCUACUGGUGGUGGUAAAAGUUUAUGUUAUCAAUUACCUUCAUUAAUUUUACCUGGUGUUACUCUUGUUGUUUCUCCAUUGAUUUCUUUAAUGCACAAUCAAGUACAAGCACUUGAUCAUUUAUCAAUUCCUUCAAAUUAUUGGAAUUCAAGUCAGAAAAAGUCAGAAAUUCAAAAAAUUCAAUCAGAUUUAGAAUCUGGAAAUCCAAAUUACAAACUUUUAUAUGUAACACCUGAAUUAUUAACAAGUAAUCAAACAUUUCAAUCUAUAAUGAGAUUAUUAGCGAGUAGAGAUCAAUUAUCUUUAAUAGCUAUCGAUGAAUCACAUUGUAUUUCAUCAUGGGGACAUGAUUUUAGAAAAUCAUUCAGACAAUUGAAUUUCCUCAAAGAUACAUUUCCUCAAGUUCCAAUUAUUGCCUUAACUGCAACUGCAACUGAAAAAGUAAGAUCAGAUAUUGUUGAAAGUCUGAAAAUGAGAAAUCCUAAAUGCUUUAUUACCUCAUUCAACAGACCUAAUAUUUCAUAUGAAAUUAGAUAUAAGGAUAUAUUACAUAAUCCAUAUGAAGAUUUACGUAAUUUUUUAAAUGAACAUGCCCAAGAAUGUGGUAUUAUUUAUUGUAGAACUAGAAAUCAAGUCGAUGAACUUGUAUUACAAUUAUCAAUGGAAAAGGAUAAAGGUGGUAAAGACUUGUUCUCAUGUAAAUCAUAUCAUGCUGGAUUGAAAUUGAGCGAAAGAAAAACAGUUCAAACUGAUUGGUUAGAAGGAAAAACUAAAAUAAUUGUUGGUACAAUUGCUUAUGGUAUGGGUAUUGAUAAGAAGGAUGUUAGAUUUGUUGUACACUAUGGUAUGCCAAAAUCAUUAGAAGGAUUUUAUCAAGAGUCAGGAAGAGCUGGUAGAGAUGGUAAAAAAGCUAAAAGUUUGCUCUAUUAUUGUAGUAGAGAAAAGAAUUCAAUUCAAUUCUUAAUUUCUAGAGAAGAAAAAUUAACUCAGGAUCGUAUUCUUGCUGUUGAACAGGGGUUUAAUAAGGUUUGUGAAAUGUGUGAAACUGCUUGUUGUAGAAGAAAAUUUGUAUUGGAAUUCUUUGGUGAAAGUUAUGAU